CCUUCCUAUUGGCGCAGAGUCCCAACGGCCGUGCCAGCUCGCGAGCGAUUGGCCCGGCGUGUGGCGCCGCGGAGCUUCCCGGUUUGAGUGUGGGGUUUUCGGUUGGGACUCGGCGCCGCGGAGAGUUUCCAUGUAUUUGUUAGGUGUGAAUAAGACAGCAUGAACUUUACCCCGACACCCACCCCAGUCUGCAAAAAAACGACCAUCGCCGCCCACCGCUGCGGCACCUGCUCGGAGUGCAGGAGCCCCCCCAGAUGGAGGGCGAUGGCGGACUCGAUGGAGUCGACUCCCUUGCCUUCAACCAAAGACCGCCUGGCAGUCCUCUGCCCUUCCCAGGAGCUCCUGGAGUAUUAUCAGAAGAAGAUGGCGGCGUGUGAGAUGGAAAACGAGGACCUCCUGCGGAAGCUGGAGCUCUACAAGGAAGUUUGUGAAGGGCAGCACAAGCUCGACUGGGAUUUGCAGCAGAGGGAGGAAGAAAUUGCCGAGUUGCAGAAAGCCCUGAGCGACAUGCAGGUGUGCCUCUUCCAGGAACGGGAGCACGUUUUACGCCUCUACUCCGAAAACGACCGGCUGAGAAUCAGGGAGCUGGAAGACAAGAAGAAGAUCCAGAGCCUGCUGGCCCUCGUGGGAACGGACAGCGGGGAAGUGACGUACUUCUACAAGGAGCCGCCCCACAAGGUCACCAUUCCCCAGAAGACCGUCCAGCCUGUGGGGGCACAGGAGCCGGGGCGGCCCUCCUCCUGCAAAGCAGACCCUAAAAUAAGCAGGAAAAGAGCCGCGUUGAGAGAAAAGGAAGACGGUUCCGAGCACCACCCGCGGGACACGGACACGCUGGCCCUGCAGGUAGAAGCGCUGCAGGCGCAGCUGGAGGAGCAGACCAGGCUGUCCCGGGAGCAGGUGCACAGCCUGAUGGAGGACCGGAGGAUCCACCUGGAGGAGAUCCAGGUUCAGCAGCAGCGGAACCAGCACAGGAUCAAGGAGCUCACGAGGAGCCUCCACCACACGCAGGAGCUGCUGUACGAGAGCACCAAAGACUUCUUACAGCUGCGGUGUGACAGCCAGAGCAAAGAGCAGUCGUGGAUGCUGGAGAAGGACCACCUGGUGUCGGAGCUCAGGCAGUGCCGGGGGCAGGGCAGGAAGAAGGAGGACAGGAGCGGACGGGCCCUGCCGGCCUUCCACGAGACGCACCCCACCCAGCACGAGUACCUGAAGUCCCUGAAGGACAAGUUAGUACAGGAGCAGAAGCUGUCCGCCAUGUACCAGGAGCAGUGCAUUUCCCUGGAGGAGGAGCUCGCCCGCAUUCGGGAGGAGGAGGGCGCCAGGAGGGAGAUUUUCAAGGACCGCUCGCACAAGAUGGGGAAGCGCUUGCAGAUGAUGACCAAACGCUACGAGGCCCUGGAGCACCGGCGCGCCCUGGAGGUGGAGGGCUUCAAGACCGACAUCCGGGGCCUCCGGCAGAAGCUCAAAGACCUGGAGCAGAUGCUCUACAGGGCCACCCUGAGCACCCAGGCCAACAAGGACCUGGCCAUGCUCUGCGAGGUCCGCAGCAGCAACCGGCGGGCGCACAAGAUCCAAGGGGAGCUGCGGAACCUCAAGUCCAAAGUAUUCGGGCUGGAGAACCAGCUGAGGCUCUGCUGACCCGGGCGGGCCCCGCCGACCACGCCCAGGCCCCGCCCAGGCC